AUGUCAAACCUAGACGACUCAGCACCCGCUGACAGCUUUAUUAGCAAGGAGGAUGGCAUAAAAUACUGGGAAGGCAUCAGCGCCGAUGUCAAUGGCAUGCUGGGCGGUAUCCCAGCUGUCCAGGGCUUUUAUGGCAUUUUGAGGAUGGACCUGCAGGGCUCGCGUACCUUUUUAGCCAAGCUGGGUAUCGGCAGCAAGAAUGGUCGGCACAAGGUGAUCAAUGCGCUCGAGGGUGGAGCAGGCAUCGGGAGAGUAACAGAGGGCCUGCUGCUCAACAUAGCUGAGCAGGUUGAUGUCAUUGAGCCCGUAGCCAAGUUUACUGCGGCGCUUCAGAGCAAGCCUGGGGUGCGAAACGUCUUCAACGUUGGUCUACAAGACUGGCAACCAACGGAUGAGGUUCGGUAUGAUCUCGUCUGGGUGCAGUGGUGCGCGGGCCACUUGACUGACAUUCAGCUGGUGGAAUUUCUUGGCCGGUGUCGAGAGGUUCUGAGCCCGGAUGGAGUUAUCAUUCUGAAGGAGAACAUGAGCACAAGGGGAUGCGAUGUUUUUGACGAGGAGGACAGCAGUGUUACCAGGGAGGAUACCAAGUUUCAGAGCCUCUUUGAGCAGGCCAACUUAAGAAUCGCUGCAACGGAGCUGCAAAGGGGGUUUCCCGAGAGUCGGAAUCUGAAACUUCUUCCAGUGCGAAUGUAUGCAUUGAAGUCGAAGGCUUGA